CUUACUAAUUUUACGUACUGCUUGAGAAUUUCCUGAUUCCAAAAUUGAUUUAUUCACUCUGUUGGUUGGCAUGUUAUUUGAUGUUCUGAGGGAAUCAUUUAAAUUCUUUAUCUUAUUGUGUCUCUUUAACCUGAAGUUGUCUAUAUAAAAGCAAAUUUCUUCUCGGUUAAAAUCGGAGUUUAUUAUCCAAAAUGCUUUUUUACAGUUAAAAUCACCUUUUUUGAUCACCAUGACUUAAACAGGGCAGGCGUAUUCUGAAUUUCAAGAGGAUGGGUAAGAUUUGCUAAAUAAUCUGCAAAAGUAUUCCCCUCUCUGUAUAUGUGAUGCACUUGGGUUCUGCAAAUAUCCAUCAAUUCCUUCGAAUCUUCUACUAUUGUGCUUAUGUGCCAUGGUGUAGCCCAUCGGAAUCUGUCUCAAUAAUAAAGUUGCUAAAGCCUUCUGCAACACAGAAGCGCAGGUGGCAGUCUUAUGUAUGCCAUGGUCUGCACAAGACCCAAUCUUGCAUACGCGGUGAGUAUGGUAAGUUGGUAUAUGCACAAUCCUUGAAAGUAUCAUUGGGAUGUGGUGAAUUGGAUUUUUCGAUACUUGAAAGGCGCAGAUCUAUGUCCAGGCACAUCGUCACUUUAUGUUCUGAUUCUAUUAGUUGGAAAGCAUCUUUGCAAUCUAUUGCUGCUCUAUCCACUACAGAAGUGGAGUACGUUGCGGCAACUGAAGGUGUGAAAGAGGCUACAUGAUUACGUGGUCUUAUUCUUGAACUUGGUGUUUCACAAGACACUACUGUUGUGUUUUCAGAUAAUCAAAGUGCAAUACAUCUAUCAAAGAAUGAUGCUUACAUUCCAAAACUAAGCAUAUUAGUGUGAAGUAUCAUUAUAUCAGAGAUACAAUGACUGCCGGAGAGAUUGUAGUUAAGAAAGUACACACUUCGUAGAAUCCGGCAGAUAUGCUUACUAAGCCACUUCCCAUUGCUAAGUUCAAACAUUUUUUGAACUUAGUUGGUGUUCACAUUACUUGAUUGCCCUUCGGGGCCUUUAUGGUAAUGACGAGAAUCUACUAAAUGUGAGUCAAGGUGGAGAUUGUUAGAGUUGCCUCAAAUUAUUUGUCUCUCUGUGAUUAUGCCGCAACAUGCUUUCAUGUUCCAACUUGGUUCUUGGCACUUGCCCAGUUGUAGGAAAGUUGAUUGUGCAGUUACUGGUCACCAGUUUUUUUAGAAGUGCAGCCUAUUUCUCAGGGAUAUUUUCUGUAUUUUGAUGUUAUAUAGUUUUUUCUGUAACUGCUUGAAGCAAUGUCUUUUUUGUACUGAAGAUUAAAUCUUCUUUGUCCUAAUUCCUUCAUUUUGAGUUCUUGAGGAUUUAUUUGUACUCUACUGUCUACAUAAUGAACAACUUGUUGUUGCC